AUGGAAUGUGAUCAGCAAGACCCGCAAACACAAGGUGAAGACUCCAAAGAUAUCAAAGAGGAGUUCAUCACCGAGGAGUGCAAGGAUGAGGUACAAACCGAUGAGACUGUGGAUGCAGAAAGGGAGAAGAAGCAACAGCGACGAGCCGAAGGAGAAUCGAAGCGCAAGCUUAAGGAGGAAAAGAAGAAGAUGGUAACAUCAGCCACUUAG